GGGUGGGGGGACGGGAGGGGGCGGGAAGGCCCUUCUGGACCCCCGGCGCCCUUGCCCAGCGUCCCUUCCCUCCCCUCCCCUCCGCAGCCAUGUCUAUCCAGAAGAUCCACGCCCGAGAAAUCCUCGACUCCCGAGGAAACCCGACGGUGGAGGUCGACCUGCACACCGCCAAGGGUCGCUUUCGGGCUGCGGUGCCCAGCGGAGCCUCCACAGGCAUGUGGGGGGGGCAAACCUUGGAAUUGGGGGCUGCAGCAGCAGAGCAGAGCCAGGGGCGAGGAGAGGAACAUCCUUGGCCUGUGGAACUGACAGCCACUGGACAGGGAAGGGCCAGAAAGGGCGUGGGCUGCCAGUUGUGCAGAGCUGAGGCAGGAGCAGAAGGGGGGGGACGGACGAGUGGCACCAUGUCCGCACAGGCCCUGCCGCUCUUCUUCAGCCCCCACCCCCCCAGUGCCGCUGCCCUACUUCUUUGGGCCCUCUGUCCCUCCCUCGGCCACCUUCCUUUGCCCAUCUGUCUCCCCCCCCCUUGUGCAAUUCCGCCUUACUUCUUCAGUGGGUCCAGAACAGACCUUGGCCCCCGGCUGGUUGGGGUGGGUAGGCGCUGCAGGGAACUGCUGCUGGGUAACCUCUCUGCCCGCCCUGCAGGGGUGCUGAAAGCGGUGGAACACAUCAACAAGACCCUGGCCCCCGCUCUGCUGGAGAAGAAACUCAGUGUGGUGGAGCAAGAGAAGAUUGACAAACUGAUGAUCGAUCUGGACGGCACCGAGAACAAAUCCAAGUUUGGGGCCAACGCCAUCCUUGGGGUCUCGCUCGCCGUCUGCAAGGCUGGUGCAGCCGAAAAAGGGGUCCCCCUCUACCGCCACAUCGCAGACCUGGCCAGGGAGCCCUAGAGCCCGUUGCCCGUCCCCGCUUUCAACGUGAUCAACGGUGGCUCCCACGCAGGGAACAAGCUGGCCAUGCAGGAGUUCAUGAUCCUCCCCGUGGGGGCCAGCAAUUUCAAGGAGGCCAUGCGGAUCGGGGCCGAAGUCUACCACAACCUGAAGGCCGUCAUCAAGGCCAAGUACGGCAAGGAUGCCACCAACGUGGGGGACGAGGGGGGCUUUGCUCCCAACAUCCUGGAGAACAACGAAGCCCUGGAGCUGCUGAAGUCUGCCAUCGAGAAGGCCGGCUACCCGGACAAGGUGGUGAUCGGCAUGGACGUGGCGGCCUCCGAGUUCUUCCGCAACGGCAAAUACGACCUGGACUUCAAGUCCCCCGAUGACCCGAACCGACACAUCAGCGGCGAGAAGCUGGGCGAGCUUUACCAGAGCUUCAUAAAGAACUACCCCGUGGUUUCCAUCGAAGAAGGAAAUGAGAGUGGCUCCGAGUCACCCACCACCCGGUGCAGGAAGAGAGGCGGGGUCUGCUCCUGGGCCCUGGCAGAGACUGCCCUCGCACGCUGGCUCAAGAGGAAGUCCCCAGAGUGUGUUCAGGAGUGCCGACUCCCAGCAGCCACCGAGAGCACUCGUGGAUCAGUGCAACACAACGGAAGUGCCCCCGACUCAAGGGAAGAGGAGCGCAGGGCAGCGGGCCUCCCACUUGACCCAACGCCAGGAUGA